ACCACUGACAAUACGAGAAGAAGAAGAAGGCUCUGUCUGUCUUGCGUUUGACGUGCCCGCCGCUCACGCACACUUGGGGUUUUUUUCUCACCCCUCCCAGUGAAAAGUGCCACAUGACCUGUCAGAUAGGAAGUGAGGAGCCACCGAGCAGCAACGGCAGCAUCGACCAGACACGCAAGACGGGAAGAAACCGUGAAGUCCUUCUCGACGUUUCUCCGCAGAUACCGUUUCCCUGUCGAGCACAUUGGAGCAAGAAGUUGUCCGCAGUCAUGUAUCUGAAGGUGGUGUUUUUCGCUGUAGUUGUCGCUGCGGUUGGCGCAGCAGCCGCACCAGACUCAGAUGGAUGUUCUUCACAGACGUCAUGUGAUCAAUGUGGAGGAAUUGCGGACUGCCAGUGGCUUAAUUGCUCAUCAAUUCCUGCCUGUUACAACACGACUCUCCUUACAGACAAUAACACCUGCAUCAAUGUUAGCUGCUCAGCUGUAUCCACAGCAGCCCCAGCUCCUACUCCUUCUGUGACUACUCCCCCUCCCGCUACAACUGCCCCUGUUGUCACCACUGCCUCUAACACCACCACAGGAAAUGCAACCACUGUUCCCACUGUUGCUCCCACUCCGGCUGGCAAUGUCACCUCCACGGCUCCACCCGCUCCUGCAACUGGAACAAGCGCAAGCACCACACCAGCUUCCCCCUCUCCCGACCCUCACAAGAACACCUUCGAUGCUGCGAGCUUCAUCGGUGGGAUAGUGCUGGUGCUGGGCCUGCAGGCAGUGAUCUUCUUCCUCUACAAAUUCUGCAAGUCCAAGGACCGCAACUACCACACCCUUUGAAGCAGCCACACUUUUUGAUCCACAUCACUCGACCUAUCCCCACCAACUAGAACCCUCCAGAGAAGACUCACCACUCGGCACGCACUCCUCACAACGGACUCAAACAGUGUUUUCAUCAGGUCUUCUAAAUCUUUGGCGUUUGUGCCGCUUGCGGUUUAGCUCUGCCAUCUGUAUCGAGUCAUUGAUGCAUAUAUAUCAUAUGUAUCAUACCUGUAUGUAUGAUAGUUGACAACACAGUUACUUGUACUCACUCAAGCCUCGAGUUUGAGGAUUACAUCAUCUGGUUGCUACUCCCACUUCCUGCCAUUAGUCAUUCUGCAAAGACUGUUUUCGAGAAAAUUGUGGGGGGUUGUUAUUUACCGUCCCUUUCCUUCUGAUUUGUCAGUUAAAUACACCACAUGAGACUUACUCAUGUAUACAAAGAAGCUUUUUGGGGGGGUAGUGCGGCUGCAAACUGGAAGCAUUUACGUCAUAUUAUUUGGUCUCAAUUUGGAAACACUGUUUGAGUUCACAGUUAUUCUUAAACAUGACAACUGCAAUGAUUCAGUAUUGCUUUUAGCCUGUUGAAUCGUGGGCAGGUUCGUUCGUUCGCAGCCCUAUCGUUUAUGUGCCCACAGAGGAUGUAAAAGAGACGGGGUUACUUGGAGUACGAGGGAAUAAAAGCGACACCCAAUCAUCCCAUGUCGGACCAAAAAAAUCGCGAUCCCUCUCUGGUCUUAUUUUGGGUGUCUCCCUUGGUAUUUAGGAGUGCUGUGCAUGUUCUGCUGUUCAAAAAACAACUGCCAGCAGAGCAGCUCAAUGCAAUAAAUCAUGUAUCAAGCUCAUCUCCCAUCCUUGAAUCUUAAAACAUACCCACCCUGUCAGCUAACGUUGAGCUGGCCCUAGUCACAAGGGCCUGUGGGUCAAAAUGAAAGAUUGUAGAAUAUUUUCAGAAAUAUAAAUAAUUCAUUUGUUUUAUUAAUGUAGAUAAUAUAGAAAAUGGGGAGAUAAAGAAAAACAGAAUGCACCUUCUUGAUGUGGACAGUGAUCGCAGUGAAGUGCCUUUAAUGUCCAGUUUGACUUAAAGAGAGAGAGACGGAAGUGGAUUGUCUUUCGAUUGAGGCCCGAGUGUUAUCGUCAGUUUAUGUUUCUAAAAAAGAAACGGUAUCGCGGUGCUGAUAUUGGUGAGAAUGGUAGAAUCCCAGCUGGACUGAAGAGCCUCUUAUUGGCGAAGAAUACAGUAGAUAGUUGUCACUUGAGGGCCUUAAUCAGUCGAGGUUGAAGUUUUUUUUCCCCUAUACGCUGACGACUAUAUUCAGUGCAUGAAAUGGUCUUCUCUUCUUGUGUAAAUGAAUAAUUGAAAGGUGCUCUUCCUUUUGUAGCACCCAAUACUGCUCCCGGAUUUCCUCCAACCUAACCAUUUAUGUUUCUGAACUCGGUUGUAAACUGUGCUGGAUUUUAAAACAUGAAAAAUUAGCUAGCAGGAAAUUUUGGGCUGCUGUUGACGCUAUAAAUGUGGGAGUGUACCUGAAGGCAAAAAUAUUGUUCAAAGGUGCAAUAUGUAAGAAUAAGCUCCUGUUGAGCCUGCACGCCAAAAAAAGGAUGGAGGAGGCUUUCAGGCCCUGAAUGCAGGGUAACCCCAUGACAUAACAUCAGAAUUGGUAUUCGUCACAAUCUACUAAUAAUUUGUUAUUUUUUGAUUGUUUUAAUAAAGAAUUCUUACAUAUUGCAUCUUUUAAAAAUCAUAAGUAUUGGAGCCAGUUCAUUGAGGUAAAAAUGUUGGCCUGUUUGAGUGCUGGUUUGGUUAUUAAAAUGAUCAUAGCACAUCUGACUUCUGACGUUGCCAUGUAAAGGAGAGGAUUGUGAAUGAAGGGCAGAACUGCAACAACUAAGCGGCCGCGCUAGAGCUCAUGUGAAUUUCUCUAAUUAGCUUGCUGCUAACUGUGUGAUUUUUUUUUUCCUUUUUUUUUUUUUCCCCCUCUCCUUUUGUCCCUCCUGUACAUAGCCAUGUCCUGUUUUUGUUUAUCUUUGCGGUUUCAACUUGAGGAAAGGCUAAAUGAAGGAGAGUUUAUCAGUACAUUUUUGCUCAUAGCGGCUUGUCAGUGUCAAGAAUGUUUCUUUGAAUGCCUUUUGUUUUUCUUUUAUUGCAUGCUGGAUGCUUGGAGUUGUGAUUUUUCCUCCCUCUGCAUACACUCUUGUUAAGGAUUUAGACCCACUUAAAAACCACUUGAUUAUUUUGAUUAGUUCAUAUGCUAGCUGAAAGAAUGCCUUGAAGCAAGUGUGCAUUAUGCCAAAGUCCUCAGUUUUUGGCAUGGAAAUUGGACAUUGCACUGACAAGCUUUGUUUUGUAACUUUUGUCUUUGUAAAUGUUUUCAUGAUUCAGCCAAAAAAAAAAAAAAAAAAAAUCAGAAGCUUGUAUAAAUACUCAGUCUUGAAUAGUAUUAUAUUAUGGAUGAAUAAUCACCUUGUUUUGUAUGACUAUGAACAGUAAGAAAUACAUGAGUGCAGAUUUUUUUUUUUUUUCCGUUUUGGCUUGCCUAAUUUGACAUUUAAUGACAUGUUUUCUGCUGCUCACCAUCAACACGCCUUUUAACCUAGUCACCUGGUGGCAUUAGGCUACAGCCCAAAGACCCCAACUAUGGCGAGUAGGCUACAGAGUUUUGCCUUAGCUGCACCCAUUUGUGCAUUUCUCUGCAUGUGGAGAGCCAUCGCCCCCAAAUUUCGAGAAAUAUUUGAGUUUGAUUCACAGCUGUCUGUAUGCCAUGCUGCGUGACCACUGAAUCCAGUCUGCUUUCCACACGGUAGCUGCAUUCCUUAAGAACACGGCAUCACAUGUUGGCGUCACGGUGUGUCCAAACACCUCUGGUAUCCAUGGAUGCCAAUAGAUGUCCAUUGUGUUGCCUCUCUGCAGCUUCCCUCUACAAGUCACUAACUCAGUCUGUGCACCUCUUAUGGAAAAGUGCCUUAUUCAGUUCAAUAUCCAUAUAUAGUUGUAGUUUGUAAAAAAAAAGAAAAAAAAAAAAAAGAUAUGCCACACCUAUUAAAAAUGAAUGGGACUCAGCACUUUCAGACCCCUGUGAAGUGGUUUUCUGUGUUGUAUUCAGCUUAAAUGUCUGUUCUGUCACGCUCAGCCUUAACUUCUUGCUCAAAUCCACAAAGCACAUGCUAGUGACAAGUCGUCCGGGCUGCUUUUGCAUUUGUUAGACGUGUAAUUUACGCAAUGGCUGGCAAUUCAGUAGCAUUUAAAGGGUAACUCCAACAGUUUUAAACAUUGAAAUGUGUUCACAGGUGUUGAAGAGUACUGCCUCAGAUAUGAAAACGGUAGUACGAAGCCAUUUGUGGCUCCAGAGGAAGCUGCGUGUAAUCUCUAAAUUGCAUUCAGUGGUGUCACUCACUGGCUAAAUUGAAUUACGGGCAAUGUAGCCACUGAGUGACACCACUGGAGUCAAUUUAUCAGAUUACAUGCUGCUUCCUCUGGAGUCACAAAAGGCUUUAUACAUUUUUUUUUUCUUUUUCACAUGUGCAGUAGUACUCGCCAAGACCUGUAAACACUUGAAUGUAUAAAAAUGGUGAGUUAAGUCCCUACAUUCUGACCAAUCACACUCUAGAAUUGUAGGUGUUUAAAUGCCACUAAAAUGGCUAUAACCAGAUAAUGAAUGUAAUAGUGUUCAGCGAGAUGAAGCCUGCUUGUAGCCCGGUCAACUUCUUACCAGCCAACUGCUAUAAAUCACUUACCGGCAAUGUUGUAACCACAGCCUCAGAACUCUAUUCCUCUCUGUUGCAACAUUUCCUCCAUAAUGUAAACUGUCACAUGAUAACUUGAUGUUCACCUGGGUUGUAUUUUUUCUGUUGUUGCAUUGAAUGGCCUGUUUUCUGUCCACUGUUUUAAAUUCAAUCCAAAUUUUCUUAAUCAUGGAGGGCUCUCCUAUCUGUUUUCAGCCUCACAGUGUUCAAUUACAAGAGCGAUGAGUAAAGAGCUUUGUUGAAUCCUC